AACUAACAUCUAUCGCAACUAUUUUCCAAUUCCAGGGCUUUUUCUUUGCUGAAAUUUUCUAGGGAAACAAACAGACAGAAUGGCUUGCUUGUCAUACAACUUUGGUGUUUCCAUAAAAUUUGUGAGCAAUCCUUCCCACCGUUCUUCAAAUCUAUUUACAGCCAAUCAACGACUGUGCGCCUUCGUGAAUUCGUCACUCUUUAGUUAUGUGCAACGCUGCAAUUGGAACUCUGUUAAUCUUCAAAGUUCUCACCGUUUCAAGGGCUAUCGACACUUCACACCUGUCUUCAACGUCAACAGGGUAGCUUCAGAGAAUAUCACUUCAGAAGAAAGGGUGGUUGUGUUGGUCAUUGGAGGAGGGGGAAGGGAACAUUCACUUUGUUACGCUUUAAAGAGAUCUCCCUCUUGUGAUGCCGUCUUUUGUGCGCCUGGCAAUGCUGGAAUCUCCAGCUCAGGGGAUGCAACUUGUAUUUCAGACCUUGAUAUCUCUAAUAGCUCAGCUGUGAUUUCCUUUUGCCACAAGUGGGGAGUUGGACUUGUGGUGGUGGGACCAGAGGCUCCUCUUGUUGCAGGCCUUGCUAAUGAUCUUGUUAAGGCUGGAAUUCCUACUUUUGGCCCUUCUUCACAGGCUGCAGCUUUGGAAGGUUCCAAGAAUUUUAUGAAGAACUUGUGUGACAAAUAUGGAAUUCCCACUGCUAAGUAUCAAACUUUCACAGACCCAGCUGCUGCCAAAAAUUAUAUUAAAGAGCAAGGCGCCCCUAUUGUUAUUAAAGCAGAUGGAUUGGCUGCUGGAAAAGGAGUUGUAGUUGCAAUGACGCUAAAGGAGGCCUAUGAAGCUGUUGAAUCAAUGCUUGUAAAGGGUGAUUUUGGUUCUGCUGGUUGCUGUGUCAUUGUUGAGGAAUAUUUGGAAGGAGAGGAAGCGUCAUUCUUCGCCCUCGUGGAUGGAGAGACUGCCAUACCUUUAGAAUCUGCUCAGGACCAUAAACGAGUAGGGGAUGGUGAUGCAGGGCCUAAUACUGGUGGAAUGGGGGCAUACUCUCCAGCACCUGUCUUGACAAAAGAACUCCAGUCGUUAGUAAUGAAAUCAAUAAUUCUCCCCACAGUAAAAGGAAUGUUAGAAGAGGGCUGCAAGUUUGUUGGGGUUUUGUAUGCUGGACUUAUGAUCGAGAAGAGCUCCAGACUCCCAAAGCUAAUUGAGUACAAUGUGCGCUUUGGAGAUCCAGAAUGCCAGGUCCUAAUGGUCCGUUUGGAGUCUGAUCUGGCGCAAGUUCUGCUUGCGGCUUGCAAGGGAGAGCUAAGUGGAGUAUCUCUAGAUUGGUCCCCUGGAUCAGCCAUGGUGGUGGUCAUGGCAAGUCAGGGGUACCCCGGAAGCUAUGAGAAAGGAACUGUGAUUCAGAACCUAGAAGAAGCAGAGCAUGUUGCUUCAUCUGUUAAAAUAUUCCAUGCUGGAACUGGUCACGAUUCGGAUGGAAAUUUCAUUGCGACAGGGGGUCGUGUUCUUGGGAUCACAGCAACGGGCAGGGAUCUUGAAGAAGCAAGGGAUAAAGCUUACCAAGCAGUUGAGCAAAUCAACUGGCCAGGAGGGUUCUACCGGAGAGAUAUCGGUUGGAGAGCACUCUCCCAAAAACAAUUGUCUACAUAAGGGUGAGUUGUUUAAAUUAUCUGAAUUAUGGGGUGUGAGAUAAAUCAAGGUGCCCCAUUUGAAUACACGAACGUUGUCUAAGAUUGAGAAAUAUGUGAGAAACAGGAGAUUGACGGCUUGUUUUGAUGGUGAGGGGUUUAAUAAUUAAGUACCUUCCAAUUAAUUACCCACAGAAAGACAGCCAUUUACUUUGUAUCAAGAGAUUGAAAUGAUGGAUUCAGUGGAAUUGUUAAGUUUUGCAUAGAGAUUAACAAGUUGGGCUAGUCUGAUGUGAGUGCAAGCUGAGGUAUGUAGUUAUGCAUUGAAACCAUUGUUGUCUUGUCUUCGGUAAUUGCUGUAAGUUACAUGUAUGAAAUUGCAGCAUUCACUGCAAGUUACAUGUGUUGUCACUUUAUUUUAUCUUUGGAUUGACCUCUUCAAAGUAGAGAUUAAACUGCAUAUUAUGUAUCUCUUUUAAAUCCCACUAUAG